AUGGACACGCCGUCGGGGGACUUGGGGUCCUCUCCCGAUCCGCUAAAUGACUCCUCAGAUGCGACCAUUGCCCUUCUAGCCUCGUCAGCGGUCCGGCGAGUGACGCGCAGCCAGCGAUCGAACAGCCACUUUGCAUUGGACCGCGGUCCAAACUCGGCCAGAUCAACCUCAGUUUCUCCUCGGAAGCGGGUCUUCCGCCUUGAUGUCGGCAACGACAUCUCUCCACAGAGGAUCAGGGUCACUGUCGAGACGGAGGACCACAUGGACGAUUCGGAGCCUGAAAGCGCCAGCGCAAAGAUGGAGGAUAAUGUCAGUCGUCGGCUGUUCAACGGUGCCUCCUCGCUUGCUGCGAAGCCCAUUCCUCGUCGCGGACGGACAUCCUCAUCGGCAGCUCAGUCCUCCCCUGUCAAGCCGCCCCAGAAAGCGGUGGCGACGAUGACGACAAAAAUACCCCUUCGUGGCCUCUCCGACGAUGAAUACGCUGGUGCUACUCCCAAACGGCCGCGUGGCCGUCCACGGCGCUCCGGCACACCAUUACCCAAAAUCGCCGCAGACAGCAGAAUAUCCGCCAGUCCGGCUCCCUCUACGCCAGCCGUAGAGAUGACACCGCGGCGCUUCCAGAAGACUGGAUCGUCAGCCUCGAGAGGGGAUAAUAUUGCGACAGCCUGGACACCCAGUUCGGCGGUUUCCCGCAGGGCAGCAUCAAAACGUGCGUCGAGGGCUCCUUCUGUCGACAGCGAUCUGGAUUCUGUUACCGACUCUCGUCCACGGAAACGUGGCCGCCCUCGGCGUCUGGCUCUAGCUCCGGAUGAAAUGACAGCUAUUGUCGAGCAGCAGGAGGAGAUCGAUUCUGCUGCCAACUUCUACGCAUCCAUCGAAACCGAUGACCACAGUCCAGACCAGGGUUAUCUCGAAUACGGUGCGGCCUCUUCUCCAACUCCCACAACUCUCUCUUCUGUCGAUCUUGUCAAGGUUCAGACUCCUGUCCCUGAUUUCGAGUAUGCUCCCGCCACCAACUACAACGAAAACUACCUGAGCCCGAUCGAAGAGGUAUCUGGCAUUGGCGCUGACAUUGCUCCAAAUGCUAAUGGAAGCCUUGAAAACAACCCCCGGCAGCCAACUAUAAUGGAUGAUGCGCAGGUGGAGGGUGAUGUCGCGGUCGACGCUGACGAUGGCGUGGAUUCUGGCGACGAAUCUGGCGAAAACUAUGGCUAUGGUGCCAAUGAGCCCGACGACCAUGCGUAUGCCGACGAAUACGCCGCUGCAGGAGACUUCUCAACUACCCACGACUACAACGACGAGCUCACCACUGGGCACGAAUCAGUCCCACCGAGUUCUACCGGGAGAGAGACGCCUAUGAAAGCUGCCCCUCUGGCUGUUGAAGACCACCCAUUCGACAAUGACGGAGAGUCUCUAGAAACGGGUGACACCGAUUUGCAGGCCCCGAUUACAAUCGCAGAUGCCCCUCAAUCUGAGGCGGAUCUGAGAAGUGAUCCCGGAUUGCCUUUUGGUCACACCCCAGCCACACAGAGGCUCCGUGCACGUAAUUCUCGGUCCGAGCUGGCCACGUCUGCUGUUGGCAGCGAGGCCGACACAGCAUCCAACGGUGCCGCAACGGGAAGUGAAGGGGGAUUUGAUAUGGAAUCUGAAAUGGACGAGGCAGCAGUGACCAGGUUUCGCGACCAAGACACUAUUGCUAUGGGAGAGGACUUUAGUAUGAUUGGUAUGGAAUCCCUUCAAACCAGCAUCAACAUGUCACACUCCGAACUUCCUGAAAUGGGCGAGACCACCAGCCGAAUUGUGAGCAGGACACUGGAGUCCAUCCGCCAGGGCAAUGACGAAGAAGGGGAUAGCGCUUUCAAUAUGCUCGACAUCAUCCAACAGUCCGAUCCAGCUACUCCAACGUCCGCCAUUACGUCUCGCGACCCGUUACCUGUGGCAGGCUCCUCUCAUUCUCUACGCCAGCCGCCACGAUCAUCCCCAGCCCUCUCACAGAAGGGGAGCCCGAAGAAGAGAGCAGAGCCACUCGGGAAAGUCAUUGCCCGCAAAACUCUGCAACAGGUCCAGUCCCCUGCCGUGCCACAGUCGCAUAUGCAGCCCGCACGUGUGGGCAAUUCUCAGCACGACACAGUUGGAUAUGACGAUUCAUUCUCCGAAAUUCCUGACUCUAUUCUUGAAGCUGCCGUACCACAGACUACCGACACAGUUUACUUUUCACAACAACAGGCAGAGCUUACUGGACGCAUGGCACAGUUCCAGCCGAGCUUCAAGGGCAAGGAGCCUGAGCGUCGCACGGAGCGAAACUAUAGUCCACAGUCGGGUGCUUCGCCACGUGACGAUAUUGCUAGUGGUGAAAACGACACCACAUCGGUCCUGGGAUCUAGAGCACAACAUAUCUUCCCGAUUCCCAUCAUUCAAACAACAUCUGAACAUGGCGGCGAUGAUGUCUACAAUGACGGAGAAGAUGAGGAGUAUGGAGAGGAGGCAGAGGAAGAGGACGAUGUCCGUGAUGAAAUCGAGCUGGAGCAGCAAGUGGCUGAUAUCACGUCGUCACCGCCGCGCCGUCUUGUCGAGCCACAACAGCAAAUCGCCGAAUCUUUCACUCACAGUCAACGUCUUUCUCAGGAAGGGACAUCGAGGGCUACGCCAGCUGCUGUUGCAUCACCCCGCCACCCCCCGAAGGCACCGUAUAUUGCAAGCUCGGAACGAGUUGACCGGCUCGCCCUACCAUCAGAAGCGUUUCGGCCUAGCCUUUCUCCCAUUAUGCGUGCAGGAAGAGUGCUGCAGAGCGUCACAUCGGAUCCUCCAUCACCAAAGGACAAUGAAGGACUCUUGCGCAGUCCCUUCCGUCGCUCCUCGACCAGAGAUACUCGUUCGCCAUCCAACCCCCCUCAAAACAGCCUCGGUGGCUUAGAUCCGGAACCGUCUCGGGUUUCUUCCCAAACUGUCACCCAAGAGAGCGCCAAAUCACCGGAUGCUCAGCUACAAAGUACGGCCACGCCAUCCCGCCCGCCGUUGUCAGCAUCGCGGAAACUAUGGACAACUGCUUUGGCUCCUUUCAGCGGCUUGAAAAAUUUGGUCGUCAACGGGGCACAGAUUGUAUCCCCUCGACUUCCUCCAUCUGGUUCAGCAGUCCCGGUCUCUCAGUCGCCCAAAACACCGGGUGCAGCCAAGCGUUCAGCCGAGACUGCGCAACUAGAUGGAUCUGACCGCGGCGAGUCCUCGUCCCGUAUCAAGCGACUUCGCUUGUCAUCUCUGCCAGAAGCUCCGCUGGCUGCGCGCUCGGGUAGCAGUGAAGCAGAUGCUGGAACCGAGACGGGCAGAUCGUGGCGGGCACUCGUUUUUAGGGAAGGCAGCGUCGCUGGCUCGAUUACCAGCUUUGCUACUAAGCUGAUGUCCCGAAACGCGCAGAACCCUCGUUCAAAUGACUUGGAAGCUGAGGCAGACGUGCUACCCAAUUCCGGUCCCUCACAGUCGUUUCCCGAUAUGAAAAGACCUGUUGCUAGUCGGUUUGACUCGAGGACGGAUGAAAUUGCUUUCAGCAAUGACCCCGAAGUGCUUCCUGCCACUCCAUCUGCCUAUGCACAGCCCGCGGACGAUGUUGAGGAUGGUGAUAUUGACGAUGGCGAUGCCGAUGAUGAUGUUGACGAUGACAAUGACGAUGCCGACGAUGACGAUGAUCUAGACAUAUGGGCCAUUGAAGCCUCGCGUCCAACGCCGGCGCCGGCGUCGAGAGUCACCAUUUUAUCCGUCCCCCCAGAACCGGUGCGUGACCCGCGACUCGUUCGUCUCGGUGCAAGUCAGAUCAACAGGAGCGUGCGGGAGGAGAACCUCGGUGCUAGCAUAUCUGGCGCUCGUCGCUAUAGCACGCGCGCUAUGGAAGAAGCGGAACACGAAGAGUUUUCGCUGCUCGACACGGAAAGGAACGUCGAUAGGGUGUCGCAACCAGACAACGCUUCGAAGCGGCCAGCGCCAUUCAAUCUGGAUGAUUUCUUUUCAUCCCCAGUGGCCGUACCGAAGAUGCUUCCGCCGACGUCCGAGAGCAACAUCAGGCUGAAUGAGCAGAGCAGGCAGGAAACAUUAGAGCGACUUCUGGAACGCGAUCGCAAGCGGGAUGCCGAGCAAGCCGAAAGGGAGGGGAGCCAAACCAGGCACAUCAGCGACGCCCCGAAGGCCAACGUGAAUGUUGCGACAGCAAAUACUCUGCAAACCGUUCAAGAUACUGAGGAACCGUCGCCAACCAGCAGUCCGGCCGUGGUGGAAAAGGCGGCACACGAACGCCUCGAACAGUCAGAUUUCAACGUGGCUUUCUACGGCGAGCCACCGGCAUCGACCACUCCGCCCAGAGUGGCGGCGGGCGCAGAAGAGGAGCGCAGCUGGUCGCACAGUGACGCCAGUGAAGGCGAGGUGGACAGCGGCAGACAGGUUGAACGUGUGCCCCAGAUCAAGAACGUUCCUCUCAGACGAGGUAUCAGCAGGUCACAACAAGCGAGGAUGAAUUUCCUACGAUCUAUGAGGGAGUCGUCGGUGAAUUCGGAGCCUGACAGCGAACAGGUGACGGGCGGCGAGUAUGCUAUGGACCGAUCUGUCAUCCACGAGGAAGAACCAAGCACUCCGUUGCAGAGUUUUCGCAGAAGUGCCAUGCUGCCUUCCAGCAGCUCUGAAGAUGGGCCGUCACUCAGGAACAGACGAGCGGCGGCCCAUGCCAACUCUCGACGUGUGGUAGAUGAGGCAGAAGCAGAGGACGAGCCUUCUUAUGUGUCUUCGCAGGGAGAAGAAGCAGACGAGGCCGCAGCAGAACGACAAGCUGCAGCCACGAAUGAAUCUGUUUUCUUUGAAGAGGACUUUGCGCAACAGGCCGAACCGGAGACUCGGUGGGGAUCAUGGGCGACGGAGGAAGGAGAGCGCUCUUAUGUGGAGUCAGAGUCGAGUUUUAUGCCGCCGGUAUUGAAACCGCUGCCUGCUAAAUCAGCCUCUCCUACAAAGUCGUGCUUGAGAUCACCAGCUAAAGGCAAGACACCGGGACGGGUUGUGGAGUUUGCGGGCAGCAUGGCGACAGCCGGUACCGGGGAGCAAGUGAUGAUUGGGCGGGCAAAUCUGCAGCAGGCCACUCUGCAGUUUGCAGAGCAUUUUGCGCUGGACACGGAGAACCGUGUUCGGGCUGCUGGCCGCGGCCCGUUGACACAAAGCAAUGUACAGGGCGGCAACAACGACGGCGACAUCGACAUGACGGACAUUAGAGAAGCGACCAGGGAGGACGAUCGUGGUCGGAACGGAAGAGGCUACGAGGUGGACGAGGAGCUGUCGGAGAUGAUGCUCUCGGAUGCGCACGAAAUCAGCACACCGCUUGCGUUUAUGUACACGCCGCGCGUGCAGGCUGGGCGGCCAUACUUUCACGGGGCGAACAACAUUCCACGGGCCAGCUGGCGCCCGCCGGCAGCAAUAGAGUUGCCGCCGCGGCGGGACUGGACGCUGGAGGACUGGCUGAGCAUGAACCAGAUGUUGCAAGAGUACCGGCGGCUGGGGCCUCUGAACUUCAAGCUGCGGUACAUGCCAGAAAAGCGAGGAGCGGUCCGUUCGGCAGAGUGGACCAAGGAGCGACCUUCUCUGGCUUUGCAGCGCAAAGUGGUGCAUACAGAGAAGGAGGGCAUGCUGAUUAAGGAUUGGCACCUGGACAUCGUGGAUGUAUUUUACAUCAAGGCGGGACGGAUUUGGAACCAUCACUACCUGCUGCGCCGGCUUUUCUCGCUCUUUAUCGGCGAGGCGCGGCAUGGGAUACUGCUGAAUUCGGAGUUGGACGGUUUGUACUCCUAG